AUGAAUAUGGAAAAUAUUCGUCAGGUGCUUGAGGAUGCUGCUCAAGUCUUCCUCUCAGCGGCGAAUACCAUCACAAAUGAACGACGUCGAGAGGCGGAAAAGAUUUUCUUACAAUUUCGCCGUUCACAGUUCUCACUCGAUCUGUAUCGGUAUCUAAUCGAACAUUCAUCAUCAAGCUAUGUAGUCUACCAGACUUUAACAGCACUUCGGGAAGGCAUUGUUAAAGAAUGGUCAUCAUUAGAUGAUACGUUGAAAGAACAAGUUGUUCAAUAUCUUCUCUCAUAUGUUUAUACCCACUAUUCAACAUUAUCGGUGCAUGUUCGUGAACAAGCCUUACAAAUUCUGGUUGUGAUUAAUAAACGACGAAAAGCUCAACGAGUACAGAUAGCUAAAAACGGAUUUACUGUUAGUUUAGCAUUGAGUAGUCUCUUACAAUCAAGUAAUGAGAAAGAAUUUCAAUUUGGUUUAACGCUACUCAAUGCAUUCAUCAAUGAAUACAGUUUCAGCAAUGCUAAUGAAGCUGGUCUAACCAUCGAACAGCGUCAUUCCGUCAAACGUGAUUUCGAAGCGAAUGAAUUGAAGACCGUUUUUGAAUUACUAUUGAACAAACUUCACAGCAAUUUGUCAUCACUUUCAUCAGAUACACAGCUAUUCUCUUCUAUUUUGUCAUCCGUGGAAAAAAUUCUCCUUUGGAACUUUUCGACAUCUUUACCCAAUGCUCGGCGAUAUAUGGAAUCAUCGACGAACGUAGAAUCGAUUGAUUGGAGACCGCCGAAUAGUUGGAAACAAUUAGUAUUCGAUCAGAAUCUUGUCGAGUUUUUCUUUCAUAUUUAUAGUACAUUGAAAGCUAAUGAAACGAAAGUCUCUCUUCAACUUCGUUGUCAGAUACUUCGAUGUCUGUCGCAAUUGGCAUGUUUAAAUGGUCCAUUAAUGAAUGAUGAUGAAUGUCGUUUACGCUAUUUAACAACAUUUUCAUACAAUUUCGUCCAACGAUUCCUAAUCAAUACCGAACCGGGGAUAAAUCUAGUCGAAUGUUUUGACAUUUCGAAUAUUCUCGCGAAUUUAAUCACAUCAUUUACCAUCAAAGGAUUCUGUUCGAUGCAGAACGAUCUCUGCAAUUCAUUCUUACAAUUGAUGGCACAGAUAACCAUUCUCCUUUGUCGAGCGACAGUUCCAUCGGCGAACAGCCAACUAGACAGGAUUACUGAAGAUCCUACAAUCGCAAAAGAAACGUUCGAUCGAUUGUUACAAGCUUGGUCAAGACUAUUGUACGGCAUUGACUUCGGUAGAUUUGACAACCUAAGACCACUAGCUAUCGAAAUCUUCGACACGUACCUUCAAACACAUUUACACAUGGAUGAUAAUCAAACUAAUACUGAAUUCGAUAUCAAUGAUGACAACGAUGACGAUGAUCGUGAUUUAUUCAGUGAACAAUUGAUCUGCAUUGGUCUAUUUGGUCGCCAUAUUAUCGAUCAUGCUUUACCGUUAUUGAAUCGUUUAUUAAUUGAUCGCACGAAAAAACUAUAUCAAAUUAUGGACAAUACAUCUUCGGAUAUCGAUAAUAAUACUCUAGACCGUAUCAACGAUGAUCUACACUGGUUAUUGUUAAUAUGCGGCCAUGUACUGACGGAAGAAUACGACGCUGAUGAACAUAAAACGAUUCCUGUUGCUAUUAUGAAUUUUUCCAAUGAACAAAUGAAAUAUUGUGAUCUGAAAAAGUGUGUACGAAUUGCUCAACACGUUCUCCAACAACCUCAACUAGAUUUAACCGACGAGACAGUUCAUGGAGUUAGUCCUGUGACCCAAUGUAUGGUGGCUGUUUUGAAAUUAUCUGAAAUCGAACGACUUCUAUGCAGUAGAGGUCUCUUCGAAUACAUCAGUGUGCAAGUGGCUGUUAGUCUGACAUGGUUCAUUCGACGAUUAGCAGCAAACUAUCUGGGCUUCGACGAACAAUCGUAUAAAGAUGUCAGUGAAGUCCUAUCAAUCAUGCUUGGCAAAGGAAGUGAAAUGCUCGAAUUUCUCACCAAUUAUUUCCUCUCGAAAGUCGUGACAAAUCUACAUAUGUGGGCAUCGGAAAGUGAUGUUAUCAAAGAAACCGCUGAUUUAUUUGUUACUCUAUCAAUUAAACGAGAAUCGUCAUUGAUUAUUAUUAAAAACGAACUGUUCUGGACGUUAGCUAAUAAUGUUAUCUCGAAUCAAAUGCCCAUACAACUCAUCAAUGAAGAAUAUAAACGUUUGUUAGUCAAAGGGAUCACCUGUUCAUGUCUAAACAAUUCCUCGGACGAAUAUCGAAUACAUUUCAAUGCUUCGGUCUUUCAAAUUCUCAACCAACGCUUGCAAUCCAUCGUCGAAUCAAUCCGCACGUUAGUUGAACAAAUCAAAUUGAAUCAUGGUAGUAAAAUUCAUUGUGCAAAUGCAUUACAAACGUUUUACAGCGAAAAUGCUCUUAGUCAAAUGAGUACACUGAUCAAUUCCUACUGUGGUUUGAUCGAAGGUGGUUCGCGUUGUCCGUCAAUCCAAAUUACGUAUCUAUUUGAAUACAGUCAACAGACUCUACAGAAUAUUCUUGAAUUAUUCGAUUUCUAUCACAAUUAUAGUGACCAAGUGCAAAUCGUUUUAGAAUUAUUUUCUUUAUAUGCGGAGCAUGUAUUGAUUUAUCUGAAUAGCGAACAUACGAAAUUGUUCUACACGUACGUCUUGAAAUUAUUGCAAAUUUUUACAAAGUGUAAUUAUGGAAAAAAGACGAGGGAGAUCAAUGCGGACGAAGAUUUUAAUGCACACAUUUAUACAGUAUUGAAUUGUUUAAAUCAUUUACUAGCAAAAGAUUUUAUUGAUUUUUCAAACGAACCUUCACCAAAUGCAGAUAUGAAUGUGGGAGAUGUUGUUCUCUAUGGUUUGAUCAUCUGCUUGCCAUUAAUUCAAUCGGAUAACCUUCUGAAGAUCCCUUCGAUCAGCGUUUGUUACUAUAAACUUGUUUCUUCAUUAUGUGAACAACAUUCCGAUUGUAUCUUUCGUUUGCUAAACUCCGAACAAUACUCCAUAUUUCUAUCAACGAUUAAGUUAGGUCUUGACAAUUAUGAUAAUGAAAUAUGUAAGAUGUGCUUGGAAACAAUUCAAAGUUUAACGUUGAACAUUCUUAAACAAUCGAAAGAUAAUGAAAAAGUGAAAUAUCUCGAACAUUUUCUCGACUAUCUACUUCAAGACAUCGUGACAAGUACGACGACGUUAUCCGAUCUAUUCGAUACACUGGCGGGAACCAUCUAUACGUUGAUCUGCGCAUUUCCUAAUCAAUUCUUUCAAUUUCUGGCUCAAACGAAACAACAAGAUGAGAAUUUCGUCAGUGUAAUCGACAAAUUCGUUCAUGAAAUCGGACAGAAUAUUUUAUCUCAUCUGUCUGCAUUCAACGGUCAAAUGGCUUGGCGUUCGUCGGGUGCAUCGCAUAUCGAACUAAUUGAAAAUUUGUACAAAAAUGGUUUAAUCAAAGAUCAACGAAUUAAACAAGCAAUGUUAGAAGUCGAUCGAGCGGAUUUCACUCAACAAAAGAACGACGCUUAUGAAGAUCGACCACAAUCGAUUGGUUAUGCGGCAAGUGACCAUCAGUGCUCCUCAUAUGCAUUGCUUUGGAUUGGAAAUCCUUAA